GAUCCGUCCGGUCCAGUUUGCGUCGCCGGUGCAGUGCAGUGCAGCUUUAACGGCUCCAUCAUGCCUUGCGAGCAGGAGCGGAUGUCGGAUGUCCGACGACUGGACGGACGCAUGUUUACAUCCACACAGACGCGCGGAUGUGCGCGGCGCACCGUGAACUGGCGCGGCUCGUGUCGGGAACAGACCGUGUGGGCCCGCAUCAUCAUAUGAACUCCUGCGUUUUUAUCUCCACUGGGAAACAAAGUGAGUCUGCAGCAGCAGCAGGAACACGAGCAGGAGGAGACACUGGCAUGUUGUGAUCUGCGGGCUCAAUUACAGAAUGCACAUUAAACCGUCACUAGUUCCCCCUUGUGGUGCGGAGGAAUGAGGGCCUUUGGAUGAAGGCCAUGGAGCUGAAAGUGUGGGUGGACGGUGUGCAGCGCAUCGUGUGCGGGGUCACGGAGUUCACCACAUGUCAGGAAGUGGUCAUCGCUUUGGCACAAGCUAUUGGACGCACCGGCAGAUACACGUUGAUCGAGAAAUGGCGGGAUACCGAGCGCCACCUGGCUCCAAACGAAAACCCCGUGGUGUCCCUGAACAAGUGGGGUCAGUAUGCCAGCGAUGUGCAGCUCAUACUCCAGAGAACCGGGCCGUCCAUCAGCGAGCGGCCCACUUCUGACAGGCAGGCUCGCGUUCCGGAGCGAGGCUUCUACCGCCAGAGCCUCCCACCUCUGGCCAAGUUCCGCACGUCGGGCGCAGACCACUCGCUGAAGCGAAGGGAACCCAAGCGCAAGUCGCUGACCUUCUCUGGAGGGGCCAAAGGUCUGCGGGAGAUCUUUGGGAGAAGCAGAGAUGCUGAAGCCAAACAGGCUCAGCAGCGCAGUGUGAGCUUGAACCUGAGCAGAGUUGGAGGCGGCGGAGUAGCAUCUGUGCCUGGGAGUCCGGCCAGAGAUUUGAGCCGGCUGGUGCAGCUGCAGAGAGACAAACUCCAGGCCCUGGAGAGCCGUCUGCUGGGCUGUGAGGCCGAGCUGGGAGAGUGGGAGGAGGCCGCCAGUGAAGCCAUUGAAAGAGAAAAUCUGGAGGUAGAGCUUCUGCUCUUAGAGCAGCAGGUGCGGAGGAACGACGCCGAGAUCGAGGAGGACGAAUUCUGGCAGAACGAGCUUCAGAUCGAGCAGGAGAGCGAGCGGCAGCUCAGGCAACAGUUAGCCGAGCUGCAGGGCCGCGUGCGCGAGUGCGAGGCCAAGCUUUCAGAGCAUCUCGCGCGCAUACAGAGCAUGGAAACCGGCGUGGAGCAGGAGCGGCUGCAGCAGGAGGCCGAGCUCAACCAGAGGGUCAAUGACGAGGAGGUGCAGUCCCAGCUGGAGAAAGUGAGGGCAGAGCUGGAAAUGCAGAGCCAACAAACGGCGCGGCUGGAGAGCAGCUGCAGGGCGUUGGAGCGCUCGCUCAGCCAGUCAGGCAAGAGAUUACAGGAAAAAGAGCAGGAGCUGGAGCAGCUGACGAAAGAGCUGCGACAGGUCAACCUGCAGCAGUUCAUCCAGCAGACGGGAACCAAGGUCACCGUGCUGCCUGCUCAGCCCUCAGCAGGGGACAAUGAAGUGGAGCGCGACUCUCUGAGAAGACGAGGCUCGUCGCGCCUCUUGCCCAGCGACCUCCGAACUCUUCAGAGCGCCGUCUCCUCCAGCCUCAACCCAGAAGGGAUCUAUGUGUGACACCGGGAGACGUGACAUUAUUUUUUGGCAGUGGCACGGCCAGAUGUCCUAUUGGACUCUUUUCUAUUACAGAGAAAGGUCAAAACAAAAAGUGACCUGCUGAAAAUGCUCCUGAGCAAAAACACUGAAACAAUCUAACCUAAAGAGAGAAAAAAGAAAAACAUGGUUGAUUUGUUUUUGCACUGCCUCUCUCUCUCCCCUCCAUGCCAUAACUGACACUCAAAGUGAUGUCAAUAUCCAUUUUCAUUGCCUGGAUUCUUAAGGAAUGGGUGAAGAUUCGUCUUGAAAAAUCAAGCCAGCAGACAUUUAUUUUUUGCGUCAGUUAAAGGAGGUUUGCGACAAACAGUGUGGAUUUAAAGCGAUGCAAAGUUUGGACACAUGUACACGUAUGCAUAAACAAACAUAAAAGGAAAAAAAAGAGUUGUGCAUGAGCAUGCACAAACCGAACAGUGACGUCACACCUGUGCUAUAACUGUAGCCAUAUCUGAUUGCCUUACUCUGGUGUUUUGUUUUGUUUUAAACCAGACUUCAAUAUGUGUAAAAGAAACUCAAGGUAGCUACUAAACGUAUAUUAUUCAGCAUUAGCACCGGUUCAGGUGAUACUGAGGUCGUUGUAACUGAUGUCAGUAGAUACAAUGGUUCCAAUGUGAAUUUGGACUUUUUGUAUUGGAUUUGAACAGAAAAUCUGCCUCAUUAUUUCCUGUCGAUCUUAUAUAAUCCUUUAUAUUAAAGAGAUAGAGGUGGAGGCUACAAAAAAAAGUAUGGCUCCCGUUUGGGUGGAGAAACAUGAAAUGCUUUCUUUUCCACAAAACCCCAUGAUAGCCUUGGAGUCUGCAUUUAAAAUCCAGCUUGAAAAAUGUACUCAGUUUAACCACUGGGUGGUGGCAAAACAUACAUUAUUUAGCUGGCUGAAAGUUAACUGUAAGUGUGUAAGUUGGUCCUGCUCCUGUUGAUGUUUGCCAUCCACACGAGGGUCAGAGGUCACUGGACGCAGGUCACACAGGUCGCCGGUUUGUCGGUAUUUCUUUGUCUUUAUUUUCACAAUCAUACUGUUUUGUAACAAAGCCUCAGCACUUUAACUGUCAGUGUUUUUAACCUGAGGUGCCACGUACAGUGUUUGACAUGGUUCACUGUGUUCAUGAAGCAGGGACACACACACACACAUUUGAUUUUUAUCAUUCUAAAGAACUUAAAGAAAGAUGUCUCAUAUGAACCAAAGGUAGUGUGAAGGAAAAGAAAAAUCUAAUUACUUAGAUGAAUGUACUUUUUCAAUACAGUAUUUAUGCAGCUUAUCUCUAUGAACUGGGAGAAUAAGAAUAAGAGGCUGUAAUUGUGUACAAAAUAACACUGUUGUGUUGCAACUUAAACGCGUGUGAAUGCAUGAAACUUUCACUUAAUUUUUUUUUCCCCCUUUUGUCCGUUUGCAUCGUCACUGUUAAAUAUAAUUUGUGCACAAGGUACAAUCUGUCCUAUUCAUUCACAAAUUGGGAUUUCGUCACGUGGGUUUGUAAUUCGCGAGGCAGCCACAGGAAUGAUCAUUUCAGGAGCUCAGGUUCACACUGAGCUUCGUUUAAAGGGAGUAUAUAUAAACCAGCCUUGGUGGAAGUGUAUUAAUAAGGGUGAAAUUCCUCUUUCCAGUGUGUGUGGAGCAUCUUGCGUUGUUGUUUUGCCGUGCUAAUGUACCCAGAGGAAUUCACAUCACAACAAGCAUGCCUUACAGAAAAGAAGUCCUGUAUAUAAUGUCAACAUAUCACAUCAGUGUGUGUGUGUGUGUGUAGAUUAUUUUUGAAGUAAAAAAAUAUGCAGAGUGUGAGAGAGGUUAGAUUUUAAUGUGUGAUUGGUUUGUCCGGACUCCUAAUAAUUACCAUUAUGUGACAAUUAUUAGUUUUUUUUGUUCUGUCAUUUUUGCCUUGUUAACAUUCUACGCCGAUGGACGUCAGAAAAUGGCCAAACCUUUUCACUGUUUCUUAAAUAAAACCCCAAAUGUAAAUGUGUCAAACGUGACACUAGUUUACCAACGUUUAUCCUCCGUCACGCGUAGACACUUUGCCAAUGACUGUCGUCGGGCGGCUCAAUAACAGUGCAUAUACAAGACAAGAUGAUAGAGCCAUUAUGGAAACGGCCUUCAAGUGGUUUUGAAAGCUUCUAUGGAAACGCCACGGCUCAGGGAAAUUUCAAGACACAGAAUUACCCACAAAACAUUGGACAGAAAGUAAUUAAGGAUGAAAGCUGUUUAGCUCCUGUACAGACACAGGACAACAAGCGUAACCAAGGCAAUGAUUCGCUGCUGGAUGAGGUGUAGCUUUACUUGAAAAGUAAAGUGUCUGUGCUGGCUCGUGAUUAAUGUUAUAGCUGUAGUCUCGCCUUGUAAUGCAUGUAUUUGACACGACAGAGACACAGCGGGUAAACAAACUGGGACAAGUUCAAGUCUUUUUGAGCUUGUAGUGCCGUUCAUUGAGACACAACCUCAUCACUAACUUGCAUUGACUCGACAAUUAGAAUAUUAAAUGUUUUAUUUUGUAUUAACUUCAUCUUCUGUGUCACCCCACAUGUUAUAAUUCAGCCACUUAGUAUGAAAGACAUGAAGAUAAAUUCAAGAAUAAUGGAAAAG